AUGUGUGCUGCGUCUUUAGAGCAAAAUUUAAUGAAAAUUGGAAAAAUAUUUACCAUUAGAUGGGUAGCCUCAAGUGAGAAAACUUUGAAAGCUGUAUGGAACAAUUUUGAAGCAUUAAACAAACAUUUUUCUAAUUCUGCCAUAGACAAUUUAAUAAACAGUAAAGAAAGGUCUAAGUAUUCAGGUUUAUUGAGAAUAGUUGCUUCCGUAGAGUUUGUUGGUAAUUUAGGUAUUAUGUAUGACGCUUUAACUGAAUUAGCUGAUUUAUCAUUAUUACUCCAAGAUAGAUGUUUAAGUCUAUCAGAAGCAAAUGGUUGUAUUGAUCGAACAAUUCGAAUUUUUGAUUCUAUGGCAGAAAACCAUGGACCUAAGUUUAAAGAAGCAUCGCAUGUUUCAUCAGUAAAUGAUAAUCAAUUUAAAGAAAAGUAUACACAACUACUCAAAGAUCUAGAUUAUUUAGAUCUGAAAAAUUGGCCAGAUGAUUGUGAUAUUUUGUAUGGUGAUGAAAACAUAAGAAGAUUAGUAAAACAAUUUCAAGUAGAUGAAAUUUCGUCUGUAAGAGGAUUUCGCGUGUUUAUUGAUACUAAGGAUAGUUCCAAAAUACUCGAUUUAAAACCUUUAUUAGAUGCAAUAAAUACGGUAGCUAUAUCGUCAUCAGAGUGUGAGCGUGUGUUCAGCUCUAUGAAUAACAUUGUUACUUCAAAAAGAAAUGCAUUGUCAACUACAAACAUGUCAUCGUUAUUAUAUAUACACUGUAUUGGUCCUCCUGUUAAUUUAUUUGAACCAAGCUGUUAUGUUACAUCUUGGAUACGCAGUGGUAAUAGAUCAGCUGACGAAGUAUGUUGUCCAAAAAGAAAUGUAAACGAUGAAGAACAUACUUAUCAAAAUAUGUGGUCUCUUUUUAAUAAAAAACAAUAA